AUGGCGACACCGGGUCUCAUCAAGAUCAGAACCCGCGGGAAAGGGUCCGCGAUCACAGUUUUGCAGCAAACAUCAACAUCAGCGUCACAGCCGUCUGUCGCACCGGCUGCAGCACCAGCGCCGGCCCCACCACCGCCAGCGCCGAAGCUCAAGAUCGUGAUUCGACAUCUACCCGCCUCUAUGACCGAGCAGGAAUACAACGUUCUUACCGCUGAUGUUAUAAAUAAGGAUACAGUUGAAUGGUCUUCUUUUAUACCUGGCAAGGUGCCUCAAGACCGCAACAAACCCACAACUUUCUCCAUCGCACAUGCCAGAGCUCGAUCUACAGAAACCCUCAUCCAAAUCAAAGCCGGCUUGAACGGAAAGCCACUGACAGACUCCCGAGGACAAGAAUACGCCGUACAAGUCGAAUUUGCGCCAUUUCAAAAGUUCCCACAACAAAAAGGCCGCCUACGGCACGAUGCUAGAAGCGGUACUAUCGAUAAUGACCCGGAUUUCAUUUUUUUCUUAGAAAAUCUAAAACAUACGGGGCCAAAUGCUUCGAGUUCGGCUAAAACCGAAGGGGAUGGUGAUAAAUCAAAAGAGAAAGAAACGAAAGUUUACAAAGACCCACUCGCGGCUCCUGUACCAUCGUAUGAGGCCCCAAUCAUGGAGCCUGGCUCUAAGGUCACUACUACGCCGUUAGUCGAAUUUAUCAAGCAGCAGAAACUUGCUCCGAAGAUUAAGGAGAAGGGCAAGGGCAAGGCUGCUGUUCUCGCUGCGGAGGAAGAUGAUGCCAAAUCGACUACAUCAUCGGGCGGUGGUAAGAAGCGAGAGAGGGAUCGGAAACGUCGACGGGAAAAGGAAAAGGAACGAGAGAAAGAGAGGGAGAAAGAGAAAGUCUCGCAACAGGCGGCUGGCUCGUCUGGAGAAAAAGGCAAGAAGGUAGAUAAGAAGUCUUCGAACUCCACUCCCGCAUCGGCCGCUGCCAGUGCUCCGGCGACAACAUCAGGCAAGUCUUCAACCGAGCCGCCAGCUAGACCCGCUAGGAGAGAACGAGGUAACGCAGGAUUAUCUGCCGCCGCCAUUCUUCAAAGGGACCUGGGUCUUACAACUAGCGGACGAGGAAGAAGAAACAGAGGGGCUGAGUCGACAUCCGAGAAACCAGCUACAGCCUCAUCUGCCACUACGACGGUUACCUCACCGUCGUCGAAUGCUACGGCAUCGACAAACUCUCAAUCUACUCCAUCGGCACCGGCACCGGCACCGGCAUCAUCAUCAGAAGUGAAACCAACACCAGAACCUGCUGCCACUACAAAACCCGAGGGUAGUAAGAGGCCAAGAAACAGGAACAGGGAUAGAGAUAGGGAUAGAGAUAGACGCAAAGAUGAAGCAACUGCAGCUUCAUCCACGCCAACCGCUCCCACAUCUACUCCGAGCCAAGCCAGCAGAACCGAAGCAGUCGCCGGAAAUACCGAUCAAAACACUACUUCUAACCCAGCCACGGUAACCCCAGCGCCCACACAGCCUGUAGCUCAGCCUCAAGCUCAUAGGGGACGGGGUAGUAGGAGAGGUGGUAGAGGCGGAGGACCAAACAGAGGACCCGCACAACAAGCAACUUCGACUCAAGCAACGCCACCGCCCCCAACAGCCCAGGCUUCUGAGCCUGCUGCGUCUUCAACUACACCAGCGCCAACUCCCCAGUCUUCUACAGCUAGUAUCCCAACAGGUCCAAAAAGCAUGCAACAAGCGCCUGCGAACAACAACAACCACCAUCACGGACCUCCACGAGGAAGAGGAGGACGGGGUUUUGGACCGUUCGGCCCGUUCGGGCCUAGGGGUGGUCGGGGUCGAGGGAAUGCGAGGGGAGGGGGGAAUCAAGGGGGUGGGGGCGGAAGUAAUAAUGGCGGUGGCUCUAAUGCUAAUUCUGGGACCAAUAAUGCCGCGUAG